CAAGUUGUGCGUAAUGAGGCUCAUUAAAGGAGCUGUCGAGUGCACGCACCCAACCACGCCGAUUAUAAUAUUAUUAUUAGUUGCGUCGGACAAGCCGUCGCAGGCGCACGUUGCUCACGUGCACGUGUCAUAAACAUAAUAAUAUUAUAAGAAAAAUAUUCACUUAUAGUAGGUGUAUCGAAACAAUAAUCAAUAAUCAAUGCGUCGUCACAAAAACUUACAAGCAAAAGUUAACGAAGAAGUUAUGGGAAACCAUGCCAUUAAGGAUGUAAUCACAUGGAACAGUGAUUAUUCGCUGCCAGUUGCUUAGAGGUCAAACUAGCCUUAUCCAUGCAAAGGUCAUAAAACAUGCGGAUCUAAUAUAUGGUGGCAGUAAGACAUUCCAGCAGUGACUGGCCGCGAACUUGAAACAUCCCCUAAAGGCAGCAGUUUUAUGUCUAGGCGUCAAGAGUGGAUAAGAUGUCGAACGAGCAGAGCAUUUGUAGUGGUCAUGUCUCCAACUUAACUUAUUGUACAGAACAGAAGAAGAAUGAAGCGUCUUCUCUACAUCUUGUUGGUGACGUCAACCAUGUCCCAAGAGGUGACGACGCGGGCGAGUCUCCUCGGGCCCAAACACUUCAACCACCACGCGUUCGAUGCUGAGCAGUAUCUUAAGAGUUUGAACCUUCCUGUGCCUACACCGAAAGGCCCAGUCCUCUUCCCAAACGACGCUCCGCCGCCUCCGAGACCACCUCUCGUAGUCACCUCAAGACCUCUCAUCGAAUCCAUAGCACGAAGCAACCUGAACCCUUUGAACAACUCCAUAGCAGAGUCAUCGAACAACGGCGUAUCAUUUGCACCAUAUUUAGGAAGAGUUAAAGAUUAUAAGCCGUAUUUUAAUGUUGGAACGGGGCCGGUUACUGAGAGAUAUUAUCAGACGCAGACUUCGUUGCCGCCGCUUUACAAGACAAUAGGAGACGCAAAAACUAUCGCAACCCCAGAACAAAGGGUUAUAAAUUAUUACCAGAUUAAAGAACCAGACUACAUUCAUCAGCAGAGCAACGAAGUACACGAUGGAAACAACGCAGACUAUGGUAACUACGCAUUCUCCUAUACAGUAAAAGACAAGAAUACUGGCGAUGACUUCUCUCAUUCACAACAAAGCAGCGGUUCAACCACGAAUGGAGAGUACAGGGUUCGACUCCCAGACGGAAGGAUGCAGAUAGUGUCAUACACAGCAGACGAAAACGGGUACAAAGCGGAUGUACGAUAUGACGAAACAUCCGGUAAUGGAGAUGUAAACGCUUACAACAUAGUCUACGACACACCCGUUGACGAUAAAAUAAACAAUCAUGUAACAGAGAAGAAUGAUUACCAAUCGUAUGACGCACAACCAAGAGAUUACAAGAAAGACUACAACAAUUACGAUUCAAAAGAGUAUUACAAUGAUUAUUCCUCAGAAUACAACGAGAAUUAUUUACCACAUAACAAUAAGUUCACGAAUUUAGUUAACAAUAACAUAGUGUCAACAGUAAGACCGUCUUACGAGGAAAUUAAGAACCUAUUCACACCAAACAAAUUUUACAACAAAAUUGAUGAGACGACGAACUAUCCUAUAGUAACAACAGAUAGUCUACUGAUUGGUGCUAAGCCUAACCUAUAUACUAACAUUCUACACUCUACCGUAUCUCCAAUAACAGCAACAACUCCAAGAACUCCGACUAUCGCAAGUUUGAAGAAGAAAUUAAAUUUAAACCAACCCGUACUCUCGGGGAGGUUUAUAGACAAAAUCAAUAAGUAUUUAAAGUUCAAUUAA